AUCAUUGUAUCAAUUAUCAUCAUCAUCAUCAACAACAACAACAACAAAGCCAAAUCAAUUUGUAAAUAAUAAUCACAUUAUUAAUGGCAAUAUAAUGGGACAGGAAACGCCACCACCAUCAUCAUCAUAUUCAAUGUUGUUGUCCAAUAAUAAUGUAAUUACAUCACUGAUGCAACAACAAAAUAUGAACAAAACAAAUGCAUUGACAAAAUCAUUAUGGCCAUCGAAUGAACAAUCGAUUCUUGAUAAACACCAAUCAUCAUCAUCAUCAACACCGCCAAUUUCGAAUGAUUUAUUUACACUAUUUCAACCGAAUCGAACAAUGAUUAAUGAUCAACAACAAUUGUUGGGUAAAAAUAUUCUUCCAUCAUCAUCAUCAUCAUCAUUAACAAUGGCAACAACAUUAGAAUCAUUGGAAAAUUAUUUGGUUACGACUGAUGUUCAUAAUAAUUAUCAUAAUGGUUUGAAUCGAUUAACAACAACCGCAGCGACAAGUCAAGCAAUUCCAAUCAAAAACAAUCAUGAUGAUAUGAGCCAUUGUUUAAAAUCAUUUUUAUUGAAUAAUGAACAACAACGAAAUACAACAACAACAACAACGGAAUCGAUUGAUGGUAGUAAUAAUAAAAAUGGUGUUAUUGAUAAUAUUUCUUCAUCAUUAUCAUCAUCAGAAUCUGAAUCAAGUCAAUAUACACCACCAUCAGCAUUAGUAUCGGAUAUUAUACAGGAAACGGUAACAUUUGAACAUACUGAAGAUUUUAUACGAAGUUUACAGAUACCAUUAGAUGUAUUGGAUGAUUUAGCAUCACGUUUUGUAUUGAAUAUGCCACAAGAAGAAAAAUAUGAUCCAAUAAGGAUAUGUUUUCAAAUGGAGAAUGCAUUUUGGCAUUAUUUGGAUUUUUGUUGUGAAUGUAAUUCACGAUUACCAAAAUUUAGAUUUAAACGUUUCGCUCAAAUAAUGUUCACAUAUGUGCCACGUUUACGGCAAUUUUUGGAUGUUUUCGAUGAUGUUGUUAACCAAUGGAUUCAAUAUAAAUUUUCUAUACCUUGUUCCGGAGCAAUAAUGUUGGAUGAAACAAUGGAUUAUAUAUUGCUUGUACAAGGUUAUGGAAGUAGAACAUGGGGUUUCCCGAAAGGUAAAGUUAAUCACGAUGAAUCUUUAAUGAAUUGUGCUGUUCGUGAGGUUUUUGAAGAAACUGGAUAUAAUUGUAUGGGAAAUAUAUUUGAAGAACAAUAUUUAGAAAGAAAAAUUUUUGAAUCACGUUUACGUUUAUAUCUAAUACGUAAUGUUGAAUUGAAUUAUGAUUUUAAACCACAAGCACGUAACGAAAUUCGUUCUAUCAAAUGGUUUGCAUUGAAAGAUUUUCCACAAAAUCGGCAAGGUCAACAGCAACAACAACAGCAGAUAAUGACUGUUAUAAAUGGUGACAAUGAUGGUGGUGAUAUUGUUAUGAUGCCACAGAAUGCAAGUAAAUUUGUAUCGGUUAUGCCAUUCAUACAGGCAAUACGUAAAUGGGUUGAAAAUGAAAAACGAAAAUUAAAAUUUGCAAGAAAACGUGAACGUCGUCAACAGAUGAAAUUGGCUAAACAACAACAACGGAAAGCAAGUGAAUCGGUGGACAAUGUUGCCGGUACAAAUUCCACAACAAUUCCGGCUACCAAUAUAGGAGAAAGAGAUGGUGGUUCAAAUUCCAGUUCACCAACAAGUACGAUUGAAGAUUUGAAUGAUAAUAAAACAUUAGUUACGGUUGCAGAUGAUGAUAGUAGUGAUGAUCCAUUGCCAAAUCAAUCGACCACAGCAUUUGUUGAUGUUGAUCUCAAUACUAUACUUGGCUUUCGUGAAAUGUAUAAUUAUAAAAAUGAUCAAAGAAAUCUAUUAACCAGAGAACAACGCAAUCAUGAACAACAACAACAACAAACAUGGCAACAACAAAUUUCUAAUGGUGGUAGUAGUGGUGGUGGUGGUGAUGGACGGACAACAACAACAACAGAAAUCAUUACCUCAAGCUGGACAUCUUGAAGAUAUUGAACGAGCUUUGAUGGAAAAUGCCUUUAAUAAGAAUGAUAAUAGUGCUUCAUCAUCGAUUUUAUUUGGAUCAAAAGGUGGUUCAUGUACAGAA